AUGAGCAAGUUCGAGAUUUCGGACGAUGCGGACGAGCUGAACCAGGAGAUCGACGAUACCAACUUCCCGACGCGCUCCAACUCGAUCAGCUUCGGUGCGGCCAACGGCAAUGGGUCGACCGGGAGCCUUAACAACGGUUACGGUCCGUUCGCGAAUCGGCGUCGGUCGAGCAGUAUCCGGCGCACCGAGAGUGAGAUGACCGAGGGGGACGAGAACGGGCACGGGCCGGGCGAUACGGGCGAGGCGGUCAAUAACAACGGUGGUGAAAAUGGCGCCACCUCGACCAGCGUAACGGCGAUCAGCGGUGGCCUUAAUCGGGCCCGACCGACGCCGAUCCGCACGACCAGUUUGUCAGGUGAGGCAAGCAAUGGGGCUGACCACGGUGCCACCACUAACGCCAGCAGUGCACCCCCGCUUAACAGCACUCCGAGGGCCAUCAUGACGCCAGGACACGAAAAAUGUACCUUCCACCAUGAUCUAGAACUCGACCACAAACCGUCGACCCGGGAGGACCUGCUGCCGCUGAUGUCCAAGUCCUACCGGAUGCUGCUGUCGAGCCUGGGCGAAGAUCCGGAACGUCAGGGACUGCUGAAGACCCCGGAACGGGCCGCCAAGGCAAUGCUCUUCUUCACCAAGGGAUACGACCAGAGCUUGGAAGAGGCCUUGAACGGUGCCGUUUUCGACGAGGAUCACGACGAAAUGGUCGUGGUGAAGGACAUCGAAAUGUUCUCCAUGUGUGAACACCAUCUGGUACCGUUCUACGGUAAAGUUUCGAUCGGUUACUUGCCCUGCAAGAAGAUUCUCGGACUAAGCAAGCUGGCCAGGAUUGUGGAAAUCUUUUCACGCCGUCUGCAGGUGCAGGAACGGUUGACUAAGCAAAUCGCCGUCGCCGUCACCCAGGCCGUACAACCGGCGGGCGUUGCUGUCAUCAUUGAAGGAGUACACAUGUGUAUGGUGAUGCGUGGUGUACAGAAGAUCAACAGCAAAACGGUCACCUCCACCAUGCUGGGUGUUUUCCGGGACGAUCCGAAAACACGCGAAGAGUUCCUGACGCUCUGCAACAACAAGUGAGUCCGUAUCCUGCAUCGU